UUGGGCCACUGCCAGGUGGGGAGGAGGUAAGCAGGCAGGCAGGGAUUGGCUGGUUUAGCCUGGUCACUGCCAGUGUCCCCUAGGUCAGGCUCCAGGGACAAAGACUUUCCAAGAGGAGGGGAGAGGAGGCUGUGUGGAUAAGCUGCUGUGGUCUGAAGGAUGCUGAGCCUCUCCUGGCUGGGACUCGGGCAGGUGGCAGCCUCCCCAUGGCUGCUCCUGCUGCUGGUGGGGGUCUCCUGGCUCUCGGCCCGUGUCCUGGCCUGGAGCUACAGCUUCUAUGACACGUGCUGCCGCCUCCGGUGUUUCCCGCAGCCCCCGAAGCGGAACUGGUUUUGGGGUCACCUCGGACUGGCCCACCCCACAGAGCAGGGCUUGAGGGUCUUAACUCAGCUGGUGGCCGCCUACUCGAAGGGGUUUGUGACGUGGCUGGGCCCCACCAUGCCCCUUAUCACUUUGUGCCACCCUGACAUGAUCCGGACUAUCACCAAUGCCUCAGCUGCCAUUGCACCCAAGGACGUGGUCUUCUACAGCUUCUUGAAGCCCUGGCUGGGGGAUGGGCUCUUGCUGAGUGCUGGUGACAAAUGGAGCAGCCAUCGCCGCAUGCUGACACCCGCCUUCCACUUCAACAUCCUGAAGCACUAUGUGAAGAUUUUCAAUGACAGUGUAAAUGUCAUGCAUGCCAAGUGGAAACGCCUGGUCUCAGAGGGCAGCACCCGUCUGGACAUGUUUGAGCACAUCAGCCUCAUGACCCUGGACAGUCUGCAGAAAUGUGUCUUCAGUUUUGACAGCAAUUGCCAGGAGAAGCCUAGUGAAUAUAUUGCUGCCAUCUUAGAGCUCAGUGCCCUUGUGGCAAAACGGCACCAGCAGAUCUUCAUGCACAUGGACUUCCUGUACUACCUCACUCCAGAUGGGCAACGCUUCCGCAGAGCCUGCCGCCUGGUGCACAACUUCACAGAUGCUGUCAUCCAGGAACGGCGCUGCACUCUCCCCGAUGAGGGUGUUGAUGACUUCCUCAAGGCCAAGGCUAAGGCCAAAACUUUGGACUUCAUUGAUGUGCUCCUGCUGACCAAGGACAAAGAUGGAAAACAAUUGUCAGAUGAGGAUAUCCGAGCUGAAGCUGACACCUUCAUGUUUGGGGGCCAUGACACCACGGCCAGUGGUCUCUCCUGGGUCCUGUACAACCUUGCGAAGCACCCAGAGUAUCAGGAGCGCUGUCGGCAGGAGGUGCAAGAGCUCCUGAGGGACCGUGAGCCUAAAGAGAUUGAAUGGGACGACCUGGCCCAGUUGCCUUUCCUGACCAUGUGCAUCAAGGAGAGUCUGCGGUUGCACCCCCCGGUCACAGUCGUCUCUCGCUGCUGUACACAGGACGUCGUGCUCCCAGAUGGCCGGGUCAUCCCCAAAGGUGUUAUCUGCCUCGUUAGUAUUUUCGGGACCCACCACAAUCCAUCCGUGUGGCCAGACCCUGAGGUAUACAAUCCUUUCCGCUUUGACCCAGAAAACAUCAAGGAAAGGUCUUCCCUGGCUUUUAUUCCCUUCUCCGCGGGGCCCAGGAACUGCAUCGGGCAGACGUUCGCCCUGACCGAGAUAAAGGUGGUCCUGGCGCUCACGCUGCUGCGCUUUCGGGUCCUGCCCGACAAGGAGGAGCCGCGCAGGAAGCCGGAGCUCAUCCUGCGCGCCGAGGGCGGGCUUUGGCUGCGGGUGGAGCCGCUGAGCGCAGGCCCCCAGUGACGCGCCAGCUCCCCCUGGCUUGGGAUCCACCCCGACCCCACACACGCCCCCUGGCGGAUUCCCAGGACUAGAGCUGUGUGGUCUCCUCUGCUAGAGCGCCACUGACAGCCAGCAGGGGGCGCUCGGGACCUGCGGGAAGGCAGGGAGCGGUGGAGGGGUGGGAGUAGGGGUGGGGGUGGGGUGAAGGGUGUGUGAGUGCAAGACCUUGACAGCCUUUCCAGCUGACCACAGGCAGCGCCCAUGCUGAUUGCGCAUUCUCCCAAAAUCAAAUCUAUGGUCACUCCAGAUCUCCAAUGAACAGAUAGAGAAUAAAACAAAGAAAAGCAUACUAAAACUCUAAAUUUUCCCAAUAGUCUCUAAAUUCAACAACUGGUAAGGGGUCUCCAGACUGCCUGCCAGCCCUCCUUCCAUAUACCCUCUGCUCCUUACACACACAGCCUUCCCCACCAUCAUAUCUCACAUCAGAGUGCUACAUUUGUUCCAAAGGAGGGACCUACAUUGACACAUCAUUAUUAUCUUGGUGUUGUGUAUUCGGUGGAUUUUGACAAAUGGAUAACUGAAACAGGGUGCUGUCGAAAAACACCACCAGACGCCGAAUAGAAGCGGGGCAAGAUUUUAUUCAUGGCCGGGCCAAACCUGAUGUCCUGGUCUUAAGGAGAAAAGUGCAGAGAAUGGCCCCGAACAAAGGUAGCAGUGAGCUUAUAUGGAUUUUAGCAAGUCAGAAUACAUCAUUAUUUAGUUACCAAUUACAAUUUACAACAUUUCAUGGUAGCCAAUUAUAUUGUGCCAUACAGACCUUAGUUUUGGUGGGAACCUAUCAAUUUAAAGUUCUUUGUCCUAAGAGGGUUUAAAAUGACCAAUCAUAGUUAGACACCUAAGAUACCAUGAGGCAGUGAGUUGGAGACUUUUUACAUGUUGGUCUUUGCCUAGGCCAGAUGUUGGUAGAAGGGAUAGGGAGCGUUUUGUAACCUAAGUUAUCCAUUUAGCAAGCAGGCGAAGUCACGGAAACGAGAUAGGGCGGUUAGUAAUUUCCGAUAAUCCUAAUAGGGAACCACAUAAGCUUUUAUCUCAAUUAUUCAUGAAAGGUGAGUUUAAGCCGAACUUAUAUACAAUAAGCUUUCUGAUAUCUUAUAAGUUGACCUAUUACAAUAAUGACAUGUAUCCAUUAUUAUAGUAUCAUACAGAGUAGUUUACUGCCUUAAAACACCCCUGUGCUCUGCCUCUUCAUCUCUUCCUCCCCUCAGCCCCUGGCAACUACUGAUAUUUUUGCUUUUUCUGUAGUUUUGCCUUUUCCAGGAUGUACGGCAGUUGGAAUCAUAUUGUAUGUAGACUUUUCAUGCUGGCUUCUUGUACUUAGUAAUAGGCAUUUAAACUUCCUUCGUGUCUUUUCUUGACUAGAUGGCUCGCUUGUUUUUAGUGUGGAAUAAUAUUCCGUUAUAGGAUGUAU